ACAGUGGUGAGCUUAUAUACAAGACGAACAAUAGCGAGCAGCAGCCUCCCUGGUAUUUGAUUAAGUUGACAGAGUGCUGUAAAAAUAUUUGAUUUUGAUAAUAUUUAGCGCCAUUUUUGCGCUAAUUUCCGAUAUUUGUAGGCCGAUUCUACUCAGUUUCACUUUCCCUUUCCCUUUCCCUUUUCCUUUUCCUUCUCUGGUAUCGAUUUCUCCUUUCCUUCCGACUGAAAUUGUGUGGGAAAUCCAUUUAAUCAUAUACUCUUCAAUCCUAAGUCUCUGGUGGCAUGGAGUUGAGGCAUUAGAUUCCGAACUGGAAAACUUCUAUUGAAAUUAAAUUGAUGUUAUUCAAGUACUGACUUCAAGCCCCAAUUGAUUCACUGCGUACUAGGUUUCAGCUGAGAAGGGACGUCCCACUGAAGAUCAGAAUAAGGACCGUCAUGUUAGCUACUGCAAUCAGGUAUAUUGCAAAGAAACCAAAGCCAAAGAUGAAACCAAUAGAACUAAAGACUCCACCAGAACAAACACAAACUAUCACAAGGGUGGUCUUUGACAUCCUCAAGGAACAUGGUCCUCUAACCAUUGCAGACACCUGGGAACAUGUGAAGGAAGUUGGAUUGAAAGGACUAACAAGCAAAAGGCACAUGAAAAUAGUGCUGAGAUGGAUGAGAGAAAGGCAGAAACUUAAGCUAAUAUGCAACCAUGUAGGGCCGACCAAACAAUUCCUUUACACAACUUGGUUUACAAAACCUGGCAUCAUGCAGACAAGGCCUGGUACCAUCCCAUCAAGGCCAAGGUCAUAAUUACUCGAUGAACCUAAUGGCUAUAAUUGUGUGUGUUCUUGUGUAACUUAAUAAUUUCUCGUAGUUUGUUGUUUUGUGAUAGUUUGCAAACUUGCAAUCAUGGUUAGUUUGAUUGUAACUUAGGUCUUGUACCUUUUUUUUGUUUUUCGGCGAACAGCUGGUGCAUAUGCGUGAAUAAUAUUGUUAGAAUUAUUUGCUUUCUUUU